CUAACAGUUAAGCUAUAGAGGACGGCCGCCAUGAAUCUUCUCCUGUGCCUGAGCUUACAGUUUCUCUUAGCUACCUGCAGUGUUAUUCGAGAAACUGAUGAUGAGGAUAAUACAGAGCUGAUGGUUCUACCCCCCGGUCUCGUCCCGCGGGCCAGCAUGAGAGAGGUGUUCAGGGAUGAGUUCAACUAUGUGGACAGAAAUAAAUGGUCACUAGACGCUAGUGCUUCCAUGGGCUGGUUUUCGAUGUAUACCCCAGAACAGCGAAAUUGUUACACCCACGGGGGAACGAUAUACCUGAAACCUACCUUAACAGCCGAUAGAUUUGGAGAAAAUUUUCUGCACAACAGCGUUUUGGACAUAAAGAAGCUCUACGGUUACUGUGAUCCUACGUGGAAUAACGGUUGUUACAGAGAUCCUCACAAGGAUGGGAUCAAUCCUGUGGCAAUGUCCUGUUUCAUGAGGUCAAAGUUCUCCUUCAAAUACGGCAAAAUGGAGAUCGUCGCCAAGAUGCCGAAAGGCGAUUGGCUUUGGCCAGCUCUAUGGUUGUUUCCGAAACACGGUCAUUAUGGAGAAUGGCCUCGCUCUGGAGAAAUUGAUGUCGCCGAAAUCACUGGCAAUGUUAACUAUGGCGGUCUUGGCGUGCAUAGACAGUCCGCAUCACUCCACUUUGGCAACGACCGAGCUCAUGACCACCAUAUCGUUAAUCACAAAACCCUGCAGGGCACGACAUGGGGGGAUGCCUUCCACAAGUACACACUAGACUGGACUUCUUCACACAUCAAUAUUUAUAUCGAUGGACAGAUGAUGCUCUCCACACCAAUGCCUGGGGAUGGGUUACAUCACCACUACCAUCUUCCCGGUAACAAUAUCUGGGGCAACUCACAUAACGCUCCUUUUGACCAAGACUUUUAUAUCAUCAUGAGUAAUGGGGUCGGCGGUGGAGGAAUCUUCCCUGACAACGUGCGCAACUACCCUCACCCUAAACCCUGGUCCGUGCACGAUAGUCGCCGUGACGGCAUGGAGAAGUUCUGGCGGCACAAGAACGACUGGUACCAAACUUGGCAUGGUGAAGACCCAGCCCUACAGGUCCGCUCUGUUGUCGUCUGGCAGUACUAAACAGCUUCACCGGAUAAAAGAGCCACAUCUG